AUGAUACAAAGUAUUAGAUAUUCAUUAUUUUGUUAUUCAAGUGUACCAUGUAGUUUAGAACCCAUUCCACAAACAUAUAAAUAUUAUAGAAAUGUUAGAGAUUCAUGGACAAGUAAUACAUGUGGUGGUAGUUGUAAUCAAAUUAAUACUUUUAGAUUAAAUCCACAAUAUUUAAUUUCAUUACCAAAUACUAAUAAUAUUAAUAAUAUUAAUAAUAUUAAUCAUCAUCAUUCUCAUUCUCAUGGUAAUAAUAGAAGUAAUAGUCCACAUACAACAUUAUUUGAUAAAACUAAUUUAAGAUUUAGUUUAUCAUGUUUACAACCAUUAGAUAUUAAUAUAAUGGUAUUUUGUAAUCAAGGUCAACCAAUCCAUUUACCUGCUAAAGAAUUAAUGAUUACUUCAACUGGUAAUUAUAGAAGAUGUUUUUCAAUGUGUAAAUUAUCAAGUCAAGAAUUAACUUAUUUUCAAAAGGAUUUUACACAUUCAAUAUUUCCUUUAACUGUUGUUUUAUCUAACUUUUCAGGUUCACUUGGAGAUUUUGAAUUUAGAGUUGAAUCUACCCAUACUUUAAUUGAAUUGAAAAAAAUUGUUUAA